CUCCUCUGUCACCGCGGCGGAACGGGCCCGGGCCCGCGGCGCUCUCCGCGCUAAGCCGCCUCCGGCGCCGGGCGAGCGGCGGCGGGCGGAGCUGGCCACAGACCGCUCCGGGGCCGGGAGCGCCCUCGGCCGCUUAACGGGCGCCGUUCCUGGGGCCGGUCCGUUCCUCCGGGCUACAGCCAGCACCUGCCGGGCAGGGACCGGCCGCUGCAGCAGCAGGGCCGGCUCGCCGCGCUGGAGGGAGCGCUGCUGCGGGCCUGGGACCGGGCCGCACCGGCACAGCCCUGCCCGGCAGCAGAGACCUUCAGCCCCAAAGCUGGGGCAGAGCCCGCAGCUUGCACCGGAGCGUGCCGGUGUGCCCGGGCUGACCGGCCCUUCUCUUUGCAGCUAUGACAUGGUGCACUAUGGCCACUCGAACCAGCUGCGCCAGGCGCGGGCCAUGGGCGAUUACCUGAUCGUUGGGGUCCACACGGAUGAGGAGAUUGCCAAGCACAAGGGUCCCCCCGUCUUCACACAGGAGGAGAGGUACAAAAUGGUGCAGGCCAUCAAGUGGGUGGAUGAGAUUGCUCCUGGAGCUCCUUACGUCACCACGCUGGAAACCCUGGACAAGUACAGCUGCGACUUCUGCGUGCAUGGGGAUGACAUCACCUUAACUAUCGAUGGCAAGGACACCUAUGAGGAAGUAAAGACAGCAGGGCGAUACAGGGAAUGCAAACGCACUCAAGGCGUGUCCACCACUGAUCUUGUUGGCCGCAUGCUGCUCAUGACUAAGGCUCACCACAGCAACAUAGAUGAGGACCUAGACUAUCGGAAGCACACUGACAACUUUGGGAAGGGGCCCAAAGGUCACAGUCCCUGGACUGGCGUCUCGCAGUUCCUGCAGACAUCCCAGAAGAUCAUCCAGUUUGCGUCGGGGAAGGAGCCGCAGCCGGGGGACACCAUCAUCUACGUGGCUGGAGCCUUCGACCUGUUCCAUGUUGGUCAUGUGGAUUUCCUGGAGAAGGUUCACCAGUUGGCAGAGAAACCCUACAUCAUUGCUGGGCUGCAUUUUGAUCAGGAGGUGAAUCGCUACAAAGGGAAGAACUAUCCCAUCAUGAACAUCCAUGAGAGAACCCUCAGUGUCCUGGCCUGCAGGUAUGUCUCAGAGGUGGUGAUUGGAGCUCCCUAUGCUGUCACUGCUGAUCUGUUGGAUCACUUCAGGGUAGCACUUGUUUGUCAUGGGAUGACUGAGGUGGUGCCAGACAAGGACGGUUCUGAUCCAUAUGAGGAACCGAAGCAACGUGGCAUUUUCCAGCUGGUGGACAGUGGCAGCAAUCUCACCACAGAUCUAAUUGUGCAAAGAAUCAUCAAGAACAGGCUGGAGUUUGAAGCUCGCAACCAGAAGAAAGAAGCAAAAGAGCUGGCUGUGCUGGAGGCCAUGAGGAGGCUGGAGGAGGAGAAGCACUAGUGGGGAUGGGUGAGCCACAGAGUGCUGCAACUUCACCCUCUGGCAGAGCAACUGCUCUUCAGGAAAGGAGCCCUGAAGAGGGGCAGCGCUGCUGGCACGCAGGAUGUGCCGUCCUACCCUCUGCUGUCCUAGCUGCUCCUGCACUAAUUAUGCAGACAUAACGAGCUGGGAUUCCGUUGCCUAGUUUGAUCUCUGUUAAUCAGUCCUUGUCCCUUUUCCCAGGAGGAGAUUUGACAAAACAAAAAGGUUUUAAUUAUAACUAAUGUUUUAACAUGUUGA